AUGGCUGGUUCAGACUCCGAUGUGCAUCCGGGGCCGACUGAUCCUAUCGCGUUGUAUCUCCAGACCCGACACCGUAGUGACUCUAUUUAUUCUGGGGAGGACAUGGGGCCCUUAUGCUACAGACAUAGAGGCUCCACCGCGAUGCGUGUCUGGCAGCCAUAUGAGAAGAUUGUAGAGUAUCUUCAUGUGGCUGAUUUCUAUGAAACUUUUAGAGUUUGUGACAUGCAGCUUGAUUGGGCCCUCAUCACAGCCAUGGUAGAGCAAUGGUGUCAGAAGACUCACAAUUUCUACCUCCGCAUCUGGAAGGUGACGAUCAUAUUGCAGGACGUUGCUGUUCUCCUUGGAUUAUGGGUGCAUGGGCUUGCCAUCGUCGGUACUGCACAGAUCAUUUGGUCGAACCUCUGCGAGGAGUUGUUUGGGAUUACACCACUAGAGGCGAUAUUAUCAGGAUCUUCACUGAGAUUUCACUGGCUUCGUGACACAUUCCACCAUUUAUCGGAUGAUGCAGAUGACGAGACUGUGUAG